AUGGAUUCUGCCGAUUCCAUCCCCAACGAAGUGUGGGAAACGCUGGACAGAGCUGCGAGCACGCCCUGGUUGCUAUGGCUGGCUUUGGGAGGUGCCGUCGUGGUUGCAUCAACGCUUUUGCUUUACAUCCUCCUCUACCUCUUUGCUCCCACACCACGACCCUCUCGAAAGUCUGAGCAACAUUACAUCACCGUAAACGAGCAUGGCUCUAUAUCCGGUCCAAAAGCCUUGCCAUGCUGGUAUGAUAACCACGUGGCUCUCAAAGAUAUGGUCCGCAAAAAGCAGAUCCCCGUGGAGGAAUCCUUUCAAAUCACCGAUGCGGAAGUGUUCAUGUCUCUGGUGAUCCCGGCAUACAACGAGCAAGAUCGACUGAGUGGAAUGUUGGAAGAAGCAGUGGAGUACUUGGAGGAGCAAUAUGGUCAUCAUGGAACCAAGAGCAAGAGCAGCAGCAAUGGAAAGCUAMAGGCCAGUGGCAUGCAGGGUGAUCCGAGGCGAGGGUGGGAGAUUAUCCUCGUGAGCGAUGGCUCAAAGGAUAAGACCGUUGAAGUCGCCCUCAACUUURCUCGAACACAUCAGCUGGGCAAGCCUCCGCCAACUCCCAAAGGACCGUGGAAUGGCAAUGGUACCUCCCGACCGACCACCAUCACGCCUGGGGCGAUUAGGGUCGUGAGCUUAGAGGAGAAUAGAGGGAAAGGUGGCGCGGUCACCCAUGGCAUGCGGCAUGCAAGAGGAACCUACGUUGUCUUUGCGGAUGCAGAUGGUGCAAGUAGAUUCACCGACCUGGGCAAGCUAGUGACGGCGUGUGAAAAAGCAAAAGACGAGCGCGGUCGAGCUGUGGGUGUGGGUUCGCGCGCUCAUAUGGUCGGUACAGAGGCCGUUGUCCAGCGUUCUGCUCUACGCAACCUCCUGAUGCGGGCCUUUCAUCUUGGGAUCUGGCUACUCACAACACCGCGUGUUGCUCAGAUCAGAGAUACACAGUGUGGCUUCAAGCUGUUCUCACGGCCUGCGCUGCCGUACAUUGUGCCAUACAUGCACUCUGAAGGCUGGAUCUUCGAUGUCGAGAUGUUGAUGCUGGCCGAGAGCGCCAAUAUUCCCAUGGUGGAGGUGGCGAUUGGAUGGAAGGAGGUCGUGGGAUCGAAGUUGAAUGUCAUCAAAGACAGCAUAGGCAUGGCGGUGGGCCUCGCGCUGCUGAGGGUCGCUUGGGGUGUAGGAGUGUACAGGCGAGAUUAG